AUCCGUGUUGUUUUAUUUUUCAAAUCAAACUGUAUUUUACGUUUUGCGUUUUGCGUUUUGCGUUUUACGUUUUGCGUUUAGCAAAUGAGAAAUUUCGACGAGAUUUGUGGCGAACGAAACUAGCUAAACUUUGCGGCAUACCACAGUGGCUGUUUGUUUCUCGCUCGUUUUCUUGCUCCGUCAAUUGGAAUGAUCAAUUAAAACACGUCGCUGCGUAGUGACGCGAUCAAGAAGAAGAGAGUACGAUGAGAGGAAGAACAAUUGAAGAAAGAAGAGAAUAUAUAUGUACAUACAUAUAUGUAUCAGGAACGUGAUGAGGAUGACAAAUUAACGUGGAAGGGUAUGCUUGAAAGGAGUGAGUCAAUCGUUACGUUUGAAAGACAGAGAAAUCGAAAGAAAGAGAGGAAGGGAUAAAAUACUUGGACGAAUAAGCAGAGAGUGAAAAAAGAGUCUUUGCGGGAGUCGCCUUCGGCUGCUCCCUGCUGCACCCACGUGCAGGCUGUUUGCUCAAUUUCCAUCGGACAACAUCGAACAAGAUCGGACUAUCUUUAUUCAAAAUUACCCCUCGAUACUCGGCAAAUGUAUUAAGAGAAAUUAAUAUCGAGAAAAGUGAAGGUAAACGUUGGUGAACGCGAGAAUGAAUGCGACGGCUUUAGAGUGAGAUUGUGCUACGUACUUCUAACGAAGAUAUCGUAAAAUUAUGUGUCAAAAUGAUCUAUUAUCGAUUGAACGCGACGACGGUGACCGAUUCAUCCAUCGCCAAUCGCAAAUGCAAGGAUGAAUUGUUGCGUUUACAAGAACUGAGAUUAUUCGAUAAUGUUGGCGAAAUCGUUUAGAAUUGUCUACGUCCGUCGGAAACUGAGUCGGUGAUUCGAGCAAUCUUUUUUCAUGAAUAAUGAAGAUUCUCUGUUAAAAUCACUGCUCGCUCGUGUUACAAUAUGGGAUUAGACACAGAGCUUACCGGCAUUCUUCGGGAUGUGGUGCAGUUUUUGGAAUGUCUACGAGAAGUGAAACUUCCAACCAGUCUAGAAUGUAUACGAAACAAUUUGCUGAUACGUUCGAAAGACACAUUAACGAUGUUCAUGGUGGAGAGACUCGGGGCAUCGAAUUCCCCGGAGCCGUACUUAAACAUGAACGCAGCCAGACCGAAGGGUUUGCUGGCGACAUUGAAAACGGAAAGCUCCGAGCUUCAGGAGUACGUGGGAGCAGAAGAAUCUCGAACGCAAAAACAACACCAACAACACCAAGAUUAUUACGAGACUUUACGAACGAUUGACGCGGUAACCAAUGAAACGGCCAGUCCUCGUGACACAGACGAACAAAUUGAAAAUACGCUGUUUGACGUUUAUACGAAUUUGUCGGCGGCGCAAGCGAAAAAUAAGUGUCAAAUGUACGGUUCCCUUGAUAGGAGAGAAGGAAAGAAAUUAUUCGUAUUCGAACAAUAUCGACCGUGUUGGGUUGGUUUAAUCGGAUUACAUUUGUUGAUCUAUGGAAGCGAUCGUGACAAUCGUCCUUGCACGGUUUUACCGAUACACGGUUAUAUGGCUCGAGCUGCUCCAAACGCUAUUCCUCGAGAUCAACGACGAAGCGAAAGUACCUUUGAGAUAUUUUGUCCUGGCAGUAGAACCUUUCAGUUUGUCGCGAGAAAUCGAAAAAAUAUGGAAGAGUGGAUAGCGAAAAUUUGCGAAUUAGGAGGUGCCGAAAAACCGGACCAUAAAACAUCGUCAACAAAAGCUGCGAUUAACGCAUCGGUAGAAAGCGAUACAACGCGUCCAGACGAGCAGAAAAAUUCGAAUUGUAAAGAAGAACGAUACCAAGAUGUAGGAUCGUUAACUAUCGAUAACGUUUCCGAAGAAGCUUCGAUCCUGACAAACGUUGUUGUUAGCGAACAUAUCGAUAAAGAAACAACAAACGAUUCUUCUUCGAAAGAUACGUCUCGCGAAACCACUAAUUCUUCUUCUUCUUCUUCUUCGUCUCUUCCUCCUCUACUUGUUUCUACUUGUACUAUCGUUCCUGCUGCAUCUUCUAUUCUUUCGCCGCCUCCACCACCUCCGCCACCACCUCCGCCACCUUCCUCCCCUGCUCGUAUUCUUAAUACUUCAUCGUUUUCUCAAAUCCCACGGAAAUUACCUUCUUUACCUGUACAUCUUUCGCCUUACGAAUUUCUUGACGAGGAAGAAGACGACAUUUAUCACAAGAUCGAAGAUUUCAGAGAUUCGACGCGAUACGGAAAUGUUGGUGAAACUGAAACGGAUAAUGCUCGAUCUAAGAAAGAACCUGUAACCUACGACGAUGUUCGCGCAAACAUCAAAGGCGAAAGUACAUCCGAUCACGGACAAACAAGGAAACAUUCCAAGAACGUUGCAAGAAAAUCGUUAAACUUACAAAACGAAACGACUUAUGACGAUACCACCACGACAAAUACCGUAUCGAAAGAUACUAAAAAGGUUGCAGUCAACGAACAAGCCAAGUUUGUAUCCUACGACGAUGUCGAGAAUUUAGCUUUAGCGAAAUCGACCAAAGUUCGAGGAACGGACAAGACGGACGAAUCGACGAAAUCACCGCAAAAGAAAUCCUUUUUGGACAGAGUGAGAAGCAAGAAAGAGUCCCCGAAGAAAAAUGAGAAAAAAGUAAAAUGUAAACCGGCUCCGGCCUCCGUUUCGACUUCGCUGCUUGUAAACGAUCAGGAACCACUGCCGAUUUACUAUGACGAUGUAUCCGAUUUGACUAAUGUUCAACAAAUGAAACGUUUCGAAGAAGAAAAUUCAGAGUACACCUGUCCGCCCGCCCCUAGACCGAUUUACGUGAAACCACCUACGAUUGUCGGUACGGUGACAGAUUCGCAGGAAUUUUACGACGACGUUGGUACUUAUCGUGAAAGACACGAGAAAGAUCACGAUCGUGAUUUCUGUAAAUUUCAUCAGCCAAAGAAACAUAAUUACGGUCGCGAUCAAGUUCCCACGGAUAACGACCGCUCCUUAUUGUGCGAAAAUAUCCAAGAUAACGAACAUUAUAAAACACCACGCAUCGAUGCUGGUCAUCCCAAGAGUGUCCUUAUCGAUCAACGAGACGAACUGUACGACGAUAUUGCGAUACUCGCAGACUUUACAGCACGACAAAAGGAAUAUUUCGGUAAAAAGAAUAGCGAAGAAAUAACGAAGCUGCAAGUUAGUCCGGAAAAAAGAUCAUGGAAUAGAUUUGUUAGCGGAAAAAAAUCUAAAACGUUCGAUUCGACUGUUUCUGAAACAAACAACAGUCGAGUCUCGAACGGAACCGAAGACACGACGGAUGAUUUUAACGAGCAACAAAGCUCGAUGCGAAUGAACACGAUUCAAAAAUUGAUCAGCAGAAUGGAGAACUCUUUUGGCAAAGCAUCCGUCAGGACAGCGUCAUCGAUGCUGUUGAAUAAAACGAACGUGGCCAACAAUGCAUAACAUUUUAAAAGAAAUGCUUAAAUUUCAUUUUUCUUUCGUUCUUCUAUUCGAGUCAAUUAUUUACAGACCAAAGAUAGCACAUUACUUAUUUCUAUGUAACAUUUCUAUCCUAUGAAAAUACUUAUUUGUAAGAAUUUUUUCAUCUUACAGAAUAAACGACUGUCCCUGAUAUUUUUACGACUGUACAUUCUAUGGAAUGUUUUCGUUUCUUGUAAUUUUAUAUUUCUACGUAUUGAAUUAUACAUAUUUAAAUAAUACAGCAUACAAAAAGAAGAAGUAUUAUUUAUCAACUGUAAUUCUGAUACAGUAGAAAGAUAUAAGGCAAUGAAUGUUUCGUCAAAGCUACAAGUACAUCAUACCGAUCGUUAAAGUGUUAAAAUAACGAGCUCCAUCUUGAAAACCUAAUCGUAUCGUUGGAUUUAAUUGAAUCAGGAAUCUUAUAUGUAUGUAUGUAUGUAUGUAUGUAUAUCGUAUACUUACAUUACAGUUUAUUCAUUUAUUGAAAUGUCUUUGUUCGUGUUAAAAUUCUUCUCGUAAACGUAGUAUAUAUCUUUGUAAACGUUGGAUACGCUUCGCGUGAAGGAAUAAAACAUAUCGGUACUACGUU